AUCACGCUAAAAUGGCUGAAUGGAUUUCGAUGAAAUUUGGCACACAGCUUGGAGAAAGGUAAAGGAUACUUUUUAUCUCAAAAUUAAUCUCCUAAGAGGUUUUUAAUGGAGGUUACAAUUUUUUAUGAGAGCACCAAGGGGAGAGGGCAGUUUAACGGGAUUAGGGGCGAGUAAAAACUAAAUUUAAUUCCUAUCAUUUUAAUAACAGGAUUAUGCCCAUCAAUCAUAUUUAACACACAGUAUUACUGUAAUGUCACAAAACACUACAACUGAUACAAGCAUUGAUAACGCAAGUAGCUGUAAUGUACAAUUGAGUGAGCAAUUGAUAACUUUGCCUCAGUGACCGCACCACGUUGGACGAGCACGCGCGUGUGUUUUUCUCUUAUAAAUUAAAAAACACAAUGUCCUCAUCGAUCCUCAUAACCGGUGGGGCGGGCUACAUCGGCUCCCACACCGUCGCCGUCCUCCUGGAAGAGUCCACGCCCCACGAGCUAGUGGUCGUGGACAACCUGUCCAACGCGCAUAGAGAACAGGGACAGAAGAAACCUGAGCCGCUGAGGAUAGUGGAGGAACUGACGGGGAAGAAUAUACACUUUUAUGAUGCUGAUAUUAGGGAUGCUGCGAAGUUGAGCGAGAUUUUUAACAAGCACAACAUAGAGUGCGUCAUCCACUUCGCGGCGUUGAAGGCAGUGGGCGAAUCAGUCAACAAACCAUUGGAGUACUACCAGGUCAACAUCUCUGGGACGUGCACGCUUUUUGACGUAAUGCGUAAACACGGCGUUUACAAACUGGUCUACAGUUCGUCCUGCACCGUGUACGGGGAGCCUCAGAAACUGCCGAUCGACGAGUCCCACCCCACGGGCCUCGGCCUCACGAGUCCCUACGGCAAGUCCAAGUACUUCUGCGAGGAGAUCAUGAAAGACAUCUGCAGAAGCGACCCUAAAUGGACGGUGGUGUCCCUGCGAUACUUCAACCCGGUUGGAGCCCAUCUAAGCGGCCGCAUCGGCGAGGACCCCGCCGGCACGCCUAACAACCUGAUGCCGUACAUAUCCCAGGUGGCCGUAGGCCGUCUUCCAGAGCUGCAGGUGUUCGGCAACAACUACCCGACGCCGGACGGCACCGGCGUGCGCGACUACAUCCACGUGCUGGACCUGGCGGCCGGCCACGGGCGCGCCGUGCGCCUGCUGCGGCAGCCGGGCGCCAGCGGCUUCCACGCUGUCAACUUAGGCACCGGCGUCGGCUACUCCGUCCUCCAAAUGAUAAAAGCCUUCGAAGAGGCCAGCGGGCGCAAAAUCCCCUACAAAAUAGUCGGCCGUCGCCCCGGAGACAUCUCCGAGAACUAUGCUGACGUCUCCCUCUCACAUAGGCUGUUGGGCUGGCGUGCGACAAGGACGCUAGAAGAUAUGUGCAGGGAUACUUGGAGGUGGCAAAGCGCGCAUCCUAACGGGUUUAAGAGUUAGAUGUUAUUGAAAAAUGAAUUUUAUUUGCAUCAGCAUAAGGUUUAUUUCCAAAUAUUAUACCUAAAUUUUACUAAGUGAAAGAUUUAUUUUAAGUGCCAUUUUGACGAAUAGUUAACGGAUUUAAGUUUAUUUUAUUUAUAUUUUAACAAGACGUUCCUAUUAUGUUGCCAUUUGCCAUACUUAUUUUAAAUGGUACUGAAACUGUACAUCAAAUAUUUAGUUCAUUAAUAAUUAUUUAUUACCAAAAUGAAUACCAAAGGCACUGUUUGAAAAACGAAUUAUUUAUUUUAGCAUUUAAUGUGGAUAAUGCAUUUGCUCGGUGUUUUAUUAUUAUACCAUUGUUAAUGAUAACUAUAGGCAUUUACAUAUUUUACUUACUGGUAUGUUUCAAAGGAUGUUUUUUAAACACCUAUUUUCAACGAUUCAUAGUUUUGCCCAGGACUGUCUCAUGUCAAGCAUAGACAGAGAGAAUCAUUCUGUCUUCGUCUUACGCUAGUCCUAGCACCCAAAAGAAAGGGAUGAGAAUAAAUUUCUUGGUUCUUACUGACUGACAAGUUGUGUUCGCCAGACUAUAAUUGUUUUAGCUGUCCAUAAUCAUAUGUUGAAUGGAUGGACCAAAAAGGGAUAUAUAAGGAUAUUGAUUUAUCUAGAUUUAUAGAAAAAUCCAGUGUAUUUUUUAUUUAUUAUUACUUAUCAUUCCAUUUCAUCUCAGUGUUAUAGAUUUUACUUCUUUUUUAUCUUGGUGCUACUUAUUAGCAAAUGUAUUUUGUGUUGACUUGUAUUAUAAUUAUUUCAACUUGUUACUAUAAAUAAAUGGAUUACUAUUUA